AUGAAUAAUUUAAAACAACAAUUUCAAGAGCUAAAGAACCUUUUUAACGCAGGAAAAUACAAAGAAUGCAAUGAAACAUUAACAAAACUCAAAAUAUUGCUUUCAGAAGCGAAUCUGCUGGUUCCUGAUGCUCAUGGAUCAGUUACUGAUAUGAUAUUUACACGCGAGAUUUUUGAAAUUGGGGCUUACACGUCUUUACGUUUGUGUGAUACGGAUGCUUUUGCACGGUAUACAUCACAUCUUCAGCCGUAUUUUUCAGAUCCAUUGCUUGUUUCAAAAUUGCCUUUAUCAAAGCAUCAAUCAUUGUUGACAGGACUUUCUUUGCUGAAUUUGCUUUCAAAAAACUGUAUUGCAGAGUUCUAUACAAGUUUAGAGACUUUGCCGAGAGAUAUGAUUGAGAACGACAAGUAUGUAUCAUGGGUUAUAAAACUUGAACAAAGUAUUAUGGAAGGAUCUUAUGAUCGUGUGCAAAAGAUGUUAAUAGAAUGUCCCUCACAGGAGUAUGAAAUUUAUGUUAAUAUGAUUAUGGACUUGGUUAGAAACGAAAUAGCAAACUGUCUAGAAAAAGCAUACCCAUCUCUUCCCUUGCAGAAUGCAGUUGGACUUUUAUUUUUGUCAAACAUAAAUGAAAUUAUAGAGUUUUCUCAUAAAAAAGAAUGGCUUAUAGAAAAUAAUAGAAUUUAUUUUCCAGAUACAGCAUCAGAAUCAGUAGAUGAAAUGUUAGUAGAUGAUCAAACAAAUUGUCUUAAAUUUGGUAGUAUCAAAACAGAUACACCUUGUCUGACAUUUGUUCAACAAAUACUUGGAUAUGCACAAGAAUUAGAACAAAUAGUGUAA